UCGAUGGCGAUGAUGACGAUGCAGCUGGGUGGGCUGACGCUGGCCGUGCUGGGCUGGCUGGGCUCCAUCCUCACCUGCGCCCUACCCAUGUGGAAGGUGACAGCCUUCAUCGGCUCCAACAUCGUGGUGGCCCAGGUCUUCUGGGAAGGGCUGUGGAUGAACUGCGUGUACGAGAGCACGGGGCAGAUGCAGUGCAAGGUCUACGACUCCCUGCUGGAGCUCACCUCCGACCUGCAAGCGGCUCGUGCCCUGGUGAUCACCUCCAUCUUCGUGGCCUUCAUUGCCUUCCUCACCGCCAUCUCGGGUGCAGACUGCACCCGCUGCGUGGAUGACAAGAACACCAAGACCAGGAUCUCCAUCGUGGCAGGUGCCAUCUUCGUCCUGGCCAGCAUCAUGCUGCUCAUCCCAGUGUCCUGGUCCGCCAACACCAUUGUCAGCAACUUCUACAACCCCAUGGUGCCCGAGGCCCUCAAGAGGGAGCUGGGGGCUGCCCUCUACAUCGGCUGGGCCUCCAGUGCCCUCCAGCUCUUUGGCGGGGGCAUCCUGUGCUGCUCGGGUCCCCCGUCCCAGCAGGACCCCUACCCCAAGAAGUACAGAGCGGUGAAGAGCUGCGCCCCGAUGGGCUAUCCCAUGAGGGACUACGUAUGA